CGUGGCGCUGGGUGCGGACAUUGAAGGCAGCGUUAAGGCGAGUCACAUGACAGGCAAACCUCUCCGACUGAUCGGACACACAGCUAAUAAUCAUGCCAACCUCCCAGCAGUCUCCACAGGAUGAACAGGAGAAGCUUCUUGAUGAAGCGGUGCAAGCCGUCAAGGUCCAGUCGUUCCAGAUGAAGCGAUGCCUGGACAAAAACAAGCUGAUGGAUGCUCUGAAGCACGCGUCUAACAUGCUGGGUGAGCUGAGGACCUCCAUGCUUUCUCCUAAGAGCUACUACGAGCUCUACAUGGCCAUCUCUGACGAACUCCACUACCUAGAGGUUUAUCUGACUGACGAGUUUGCCAAAGGACGCAAGGUGGCAGAUCUCUAUGAGCUGGUCCAGUAUGCAGGCAACAUCAUCCCCAGACUCUAUCUGCUGAUCACGGUGGGCGUGGUCUACGUUCGCUCCUUCCCCCAGUCUCGUAAGGACAUUCUGAAGGACCUGGUGGAGAUGUGCCGCGGUGUCCAGCACCCACUCAGGGGCCUCUUCCUCAGGAACUACCUGCUGCAGUGCACCCGCAACAUACUGCCAGAUGACGGAGAACAGCCAGAGGGAACGGAGGAGAUGACCGGAGAGAUCAAUGACUCGAUCGACUUCGUCCUGCUGAACUUUGCGGAAAUGAACAAGUUAUGGGUCCGAAUGCAGCAUCAGGGUCACAGCCGAGACCGAGAGAAGAGGGAAAAAGAGAGACAAGAGCUCCGCAUCCUGGUGGGAACCAACCUCGUUCGCCUCAGCCAGCUGGAGGGCGUCAACGUGGAGAAGUACAAACAGAUUGUUCUUGCUGGCGUGCUGGAACAGGUAGUGAACUGCAGGGACUCGUUGGCUCAGGAGUACCUGAUGGAGUGCAUCAUCCAGGUUUUCCCAGACGAGUUCCACCUUCAGACCCUGAACCCUUUCCUCCGUUCCUGUGCUGAGCUCCAUCAGCAUGUCAAUGUGAAGAACAUCAUCAUUGCCCUCAUUGACAGGCUGGCUCUCUUUGCUCAUCGAGAAGAUGGCCCCGGCAUCCCAGCCGAGAUCAAACUCUUUGACAUCUUCUCUCAGCAAGUGGCAACAGUCAUUCAGUCUCGCCAGGACAUGCCAUCGGAGGACGUGGUCUCUCUUCAGGUCUCUCUCAUUAACUUAGCCAUGAAGUGCUACCCGGACCGGGUGGACUACGUGGACAAAGUCCUGGAGAGCACUGUGGAGAUCUUCAACAAGCUCAACUUGGAACACAUAGCGACCAGCAGCGCCGUGUCAAAGGAACUCACUCGCCUGCUGAAGAUCCCGGUGGAUACCUACAACAACAUCUUGACCGUGCUGCAGCUCAAGCACUUCCCUCCCCUCUUUGAGUACUUUGACUACGAGUCUCGUAAGAGCAUGAGCUGCUACGUGCUGAGCAACACGCUGGACUACAACACCACCAUCCUGGCACAGGAACAGGUGGACUCCAUCUUGACCUUGGUAGCCACACUGAUCCAGGACCAGCCGGACCAACCAGCUGAUGACCCGGACCCGGAGGACUUUGCCGAGGAGCAGAGCCUUGUGGGUCGGUUCAUCCAUCUGCUCCACUCUGAAGAUCCUGAUCAACAAUACCUUAUUCUGAACACCGCAAGGAAACACUUUGGUGCGGGUGGCAACCUCCGGAUCCGCUACACGCUCCCCCCCCUGGUGUUCGCUGCCUACCAACUGGCCUUCAGAUACAAGGAGAACUCUUCAUCGGAUGACAAGUGGGAAAAGAAGUGCCAGAAGAUCUUCUCCUUCGCCCACCAGACCAUCAGUGCUCUGAUCAAGGCUGAGCUGGCUGAGCUGCCGCUUCGCCUCUUCCUGCAGGGCGCUCUGGCUGGAGGCGAGAUUGGCUUUGAGAACCACGAGACCGUAGCUUACGAGUUCAUGUCCCAGGCCUUCUCCCUGUACGAGGACGAGAUCAGUGACUCCAAAGCCCAGCUGGCGGCCAUCACCCUGAUCAUCGGGACCUUUGAGCGCAUGCGUUGUUUCAGCGAGGAGAACCACGAGCCGCUGAGGACUCAGUGUGCGCUGGCUGCCUCCAAGCUGCUGAAGAAGCCCGACCAGUGCCGAGCCGUCAGCAUCUGUGCCCACCUCUUCUGGUCGGGCCGCAGCACCGACAAAAGCGGGGAAGAGAUCCGUGACGGCAAGCGGGUGAUGGAGUGCUUAAAGAAAGCCCUGAAGAUCGCCAACCAGUGUAUGGACCAGUCGCUGCAGGUCCAGCUCUUCAUCGAAAUCCUAAACAGAUACGUCUGCUUCUACGAGAGGGAAAACGAUGCGGUGACGGUGCAGGUAUUAAACCAGCUCAUCCAGAAGAUCAGGGAAGAUCUUCCCAACCUGGAGGCCAGUGAGGAGACGGAGCAGAUCAACAAACACUUCCACAACACACUGGAGCAUCUGCGCCUGCAGAGAGAAUCCCCCGAGUCUGAGGGCCCCGCCUAUGAGGGCCUCGUCCUUUAAAGGAGGUUGGAAGGAAGUCCAUCCUUGGAUGUUUCACUAUAUUAUAAAUAUACAGCGCGCACAAUGUCCCAUCCUUAUAGGCCAGAGAUAAAAAAGAAAUGUCAAUAGCUCAAAGAACUCACACCAUCAUUUUAUUAUUACUAUUGUUAAUGUUUAUGCAUAAUUUAGUCUUCACGGUCCCUUACGAACAGUAAUGUGUAACAGGCUGGAGAUGUUACCUUUAAGCGUUGUGUGCCAGCUGCGCUGCGUUCCAGUGGGCAACAUCGCAGGUAUUCCUAUUCCUGCUCGUCCAAUUUGUCUCUAACCUCCAUCAUUGUAUGGUCCCAUUAGACUUCCUAUCUGACGUAGGCAUGUCGCCUCACUGGCUCCCUUUGUUCCAUACGAAGCAGUGGAUGUAUCAGUGAGUGUGUAAUGGCUGCAGGAUGUAGCAGUGGUUUCCAGCUUGCAGACCUUAAUAACAAGGGAUAGCUCUGCUGCUGUAGAUUCAGGAAGGGACCAGACUAACUGAAGCAUAAGCAAACUUUGGCCCCCACACCACAAGAGCAAACUACUUUGUUCCCAUCACGAAUGGAUGCAAGGACGUUGUCAUGUGGUCUGCAAUGUCCCUUAUUCACCUGGCCAUUCAAACUGGGAUACAAAGAAACUACCAAUAAUUUCCCCAAAACUCUCCCAAAUUGUCAUUUUUUCUCUUCCUUCCUCAGGAUUGUAUGCUAGUUGCCAUACUGCCUACAUACCUUACCAUGUACAUGUUGUUGGAGCCACUGACCGUGUCUGCUGAUUUCUCUUACUUUGCUCUUAUCUGUUGACCAAUUUCGUUCCCCUUUUUUAAAUCGGUGUAAACCUACUUGUAAAUCAAAGAUGAAAUAGCAAUUAUCAUUGUCAUUUGCUGAAAUAAAAUUGAUAUUAACAAUA